UUCACUCCACGACUCUUGGUCACGCCUCUUCUCCGCCAGCUCGGGUCUCUCUCAGAAACCUCACCGGGCAGAACGAUUUCCGGCAAGAGACUAACGAUCCGCCCUAACCUUUCCUCAUCAAGGCGCCGCAGUCCGCAGAGGCACGCUUCCCUUAACAAUCCGGGUAGUUCCGUUUCCGGCAGCACCAGAUAAGUCGCGAGAGGAAGCUUAAAUCCUGUCGUUUGCGUAAAGGACCACCUUGGUUAACAAUGGUCCGUAGUGGAAAAAAUGGUGACCUUCAUCUUAAGCAGAUUGCAUAUUAUAAACGAACUGGUGAAUAUCAUCCAACUACACUGCCAAGUGAGAGAAGUGGCAUAAGAAGAGCAGCAAAAAAAUUUGUCUUUAAAGAAAAAAAGCUAUUUUAUGUUGGAAAAGACAGAAAACAAAAUCGUUUGGUAAUUGUUUCAGAAGAGGAAAAAAAGAAAGUCCUGAGAGAAUGCCAUGAAAAUGACACUGGAAGCCAUCAUGGCAUAUCCAGAACUCUCACUCUAGUGGAAUCCAGCUACUAUUGGACUUCUGUGACCAAUGAUGUCAAACAGUGGGUGUAUGCUUGUCAGCAUUGCCAAGUGGCAAAAAAUACAGUUACUCUAGCACCUAAACAGCACCUUCUCAAGGUGGAAAAUCCAUGGAGUAUAGUUACUGUUGAUCUGAUGGGACCUUUUCACACAAGCAACAGAAGUCAUGUAUAUGCCAUAAUCAUGACAGAUUUGUUCACAAAAUGGGUUGUGAUUUUGCCUCUUUGUGAUGUUUCAGCAUCUGAAAUUUCUAAAGCUAUUAUCAAUAUAUUUUUCUUAUAUGGACCUCCUCAGAAAAUAAUAAUGGACCAAAGAGAUGAGUUCAUUAAUCAGAUCAAUGUAGAACUGUAUGGAUUGUUUGGCACAAAGCAGAUUGUAAUUUCUCAUGCCUCUCAAACUGUUGAUCCUACUGUAAGUACACCUAGCACAAUCAGAACGUUUCUCUCCAAACACUGUGCUGACCACCCGAACAACUGGGAUGAUCAUCUGUCAGCUGUUUCGUUUGCCUUCAAUAUAGUUCACUUGGAGCCUGCUAAAAAUACACCAUAUUUUCAAAUGUUUAAUCGAAAUCCUUACAUGCCUGAGACUUCAGAUAGUCUUCAUGAAGUGGAUGGUGAUAAUACAAGUAUGUUUGCCAAAAUUCUAGAUGCAGUUAAAGAAGCUGAUAAAAUAAUGGCAAAUAAGACAACUUCAGCGGGCCAGCUGGAGAACAACAAUUUUGAUGACGUAAAUAAAAGCAAGAUUGUUGUUAAAAAGAAACCAAAGCAGUUAAAUCCAUUUCAUCUAAAAGUGGGUCAUGAAGUUUUAAGACAAAGGAAAAAUUGGUGGAAGGAUGGUCGUUUCCAGUCCGAAUGGGUUGGCCCUUGUGUCAUAGACUAUAUUACAGAAAGUGGUUGUGCUGUCCUGAGAGACAACACUGGGGCUAGACUUAAAAGACCGAUCAAAAUGUCUCACCUUAAGCCCUACGUGAGAGAAUCCACUGAACAAGACAGUCUGUAUCUCUUACAAGGUUCAGUAGUAGCAGAUCAUGACUACAUCGGGUUGCCUGAAAUUCCACUUGGAGCAUACCAAGCAAAUAUUCUCGUAGAAGAUGCAACUAUUGCUGUAGUUGACAAUGAAUUACUAACAUCAACCAAGGACCGUGAACUAUUAGAAUAUAGAAAUGCUAAAGUCUCUCCACUGAUAGAAGAUCGUGGUACUCUUGACAAACAGACUUUCAGUCUGUUGGAUUCUUCAAAUCAAGUCCUUGAGUACUUAAGUUAGUAAAUACCAAAAUUUAUUUAAAAUGUUUGUUUAUAAUGUGUAAACCGUUGAAUCUUGAUAUCUCAUCUAUCAGAAAAAGUUGUGUAGAAGUGACUUGACACACUCUUGAUAACUAAAUCCUGAUGUUUAUUUUAUAACUAUUUAUUUAUCUAAAGUUGUGACCAUGUUUGAAUGUCAAUGCAUAGAUAUACAGGCAGAGGAAGCAUAACAUAAAUAGAAUUCAGUUCUUCUAAAAAGAGAAUAGGCAAAGCGUACUUGCUUCUUAGGAAGUAAAUUCUUGUUCAAAACUCCUAAAUCUUUGAUAUCUGUAUUGUGUUUCAGUUUUAAUUUUUAUGGAAUGCCCGCCCUCUGCCCCAGUGGCAUAGUGGUUAAGAGCUAUGGCUGCUAACCAAAAGGUAGGCAGUUCGAAUCUACCAGGCGCUUCUUGGAAAUCGUAUGGGGCAGUUCUACUCUGUCCUAUAGGGUUGCUAAGAGUCGGAAUUGACUUGACAGCAGUGGGCUUGUGUAAGUAAAUUCCAGCUCCCUACAAUGGGAUUAAUUUGAAUCAGCCAUAACAAUGAAUUAAAUGAAACUCCCCUAUGUGUCAUUAAAGCUUGUAAAAAUAAUCUUGUAGGAAAAAAUUCAGGGUUGUCUAAGGGAACCUUACAAGAUAUUGGUAAUUUCACCUUUUUAGAUAAGGAUUAAGGUCUAAAAAGGUCUGGAGCUGUAUUAUUGGUUUGAAACAGGUGUUCAUUUCCAUAAUAUAUACUAAAGCCAAAAGCAUCAGUUAAUGAGAAUUUUCUCUGCAAUCUUGAAAAAAGAAAGUAAUGAUAAAAAGCUGACAUCAAAGAUUUUAAAUAAUUUUUAUGAUAUUCCUAACUUUGUUCAACAAAUAUUUCAUGUAGAGUACUACGAAGAAGCACUGUGGGAAAAUAAAAAGAUGAGUCAAAUGUGUACCUGAGCUGUGGGAGAAAGAUGUGGCAGUCAGCUUCUGUAAAGAUCACAGCCUCAGAAGCCCUAGGAAUCAGUUCUACUCUGUCCUUUAGGGUUGCUAUGAGUCAAAAUAGACUUGAUGGCAGUGGGAUUUUUUAAGACAUGUACAACACAAAUUAGAAGUUAGAAAGUGCUAAAUUCCAUAAGAGAAGUACAGAUAAUGUACUUAUAAACCAGCUGCCAUCAAGUUGAUUCCAACUACUGGCAACCCAUGUGUUUCAGAGUAGAGCUGUGCUCCAUAGGGUUUUCAAGGGUAUGGACUUUCACAAGCAGAUCACCAGGCCUGUCUUCUGAGGUACUUCUGAGUUGGUUCUAACCUAGUUACACAUUGCUGAUAGGUCUGAGGCUUCUUUUAGAGGUGACAACAAUGUCCUAAAGUUAGAUAGUGGUGAUGGUUACACAGUCUGUGAAUAUACUGAAAUCCACUGAAUUACGUGCUUUAAAGGGCGAAUCCUAUGGUUUGUGACUUACAUCCCAAUAAAUCUGUAAUAAAAAGAUUCUAAACCACAGUUAAAACAAAAGAACAACAGAACUGGCCACACAGCCACAUCUGAUUCCAUGGGAGAGGUAAGUACGGUGUUAACCAUAUUCCUGGAAGGAAGAGAACCAGAAUAUUGGUGGAACUUGUAAUAACUGGCACACUCAUUAACAAGUUUAAUAUGUCAUUUGAUUUGCUCCAUGGAUGAAGCAGUAGAAAGGUCAGUGUAGAGAUACUAAAGCCAUAUUCUUGGUAUGGACCAUGUUUAGAACCUUAGAACCUAUUACUUUCCGUGUGUGAAAGAUCGACUCCAGUCACAUUUUAUUCACUGUCCCCUCCAGUUCUUAUUUGUUCCAGCCUGGAUGCCUUUUGCACUAGGUCUGUCCAUACCUUUGCCUAGAACGUGGUGCUCCUCUUUUUCAAAGUAGAGCUAAGGCACACUCUGUAAAGCCACCUGUGACCUGAUGAGAUUUCCAUGCUUAUUUGUGGCAUCUUUUUAAUAAAUUCUAUUAAUGGCCAUUUAUGAUAAAAUUUAUUUUUACUCCCUGAUAAAUUGUCAGUAUAAGCUAUUCAAACUAAAUGUUGGUUUUAUUACUGAAAUCUCGGGAUCCUAAUGCAAAGAUUUCGAAUGAAGAUUUUAAGUAAACAAAUACACACAAAACAAAGUACCCACAGAUUUUUAACCACAUGCACACAAACACAGACACUUGUCUCUGAUGUUUGCAGGGCCCUGUCAAGAGGGAAAAUGGAGGUCCACAUAACGUAUCUAAAUAUUUAAAAGUUGUAAAUCAAGCUAACAAACUCUCUAACUUGGCAAAUAUACCUUAAGGCUCCUAUUUAGAAUUCUUGGACUCCUCAGAGCCCUGCACUAGUGAGUGAUUCUGCAGGGAGAGCUGGUCUCCUCAGACCCCGGCCCAGCCCUUUGCCUCACCCCGUCUACUCCUAGGGUUACCCAGCCACAGUCUACACAGAUGCACCUCUUGAACCCGAGGUCUGGGCACUCCAGCUACCCGUCCCCCACUCCAGGGGACAUACCAGGAAGGCCCUGGAAGAGUUGGAAUGUGGGUCCAGGUAGGCACAUCCCUGGGUCCUGAGUCUCUUCACCCCACCACGAGGUGGGUAGCUGGAGCAGGACAGAGUUCAGCCCUCAAGCAAGGGGCCCCUGUUUAAAGAGAGGUUUUUUAUAAAUGUGCUAAAAAUUUGACUGAGAAAAAUCUGGAAAUGUCUUUAUGAUGUUUUGUAUGCCCCCUUGUGGUAUUUUUAUAAGCACUUGAAAACACAAUAUACAAGUGGAGAUGCUGUGCUAAAGGAAAAAUAUAUUUUGAAUGAGAAUAA